CAGCUGAUUGGCUGUCUGUCUGUGUGAGGAAACGGGAAGCUGUGUGGUUCUUCGUGCGUUAGUGAUUUAAGAUUAACGCGAUAGUGACGAAGCGCUGCUUUAUCUGUGUGGUGUUUUAUUGUCCGUAGGAACAGCCUGAAACAUGGGGUGCUUUUUCUCUAAAAAGUCCAGGAGAAAAUCUCCGGAUAAAGACCUCUCAUUGUCGCCCGACAACACCAGCGGUAACCAAGAGGAACCUAAACAGUACAGCUGGGACAAGAGGGACAAGGUCGAUCCGAAAGACUUCACGCUUUCUGGUUUGAAGGACACCACCGUGGGACGUCUGCCCGGGAAACUGAACGGUCAGCAGUUUGUCAUCCAAGACUGCGAGAACUGCAACAUCUUUGUGUUUGACCAUUCGGCCACGGUCACCAUCGACGACUGCGUCAACUGCCGCGUGGUGCUCGGCCCAGUCAAAGGCAGCGUCUUCUUCCGGGACUGCCGAGACGUUAAGUGCGUGGUGGCAUGCCAACAGUUUCGAACCAGGGACUGCAAGAAAAUGGACGUGUUUCUGUGCUGCGCCACGCAGCCCAUCAUCGAAUCUUCUACAGGGAUGAAGUUCGGCUGUUUUCAGUACUAUUACCCCGAGCUGGCCUUCCACUUCAAGGACGCGGGGUUGAGCAUCUUCAACAACAACUGGAGCAACCUACACGACUUCACACCCGUUUCAGGAGAGAACAACUGGAGUCUAAUGGCGGAGGAUGUUGACGUGUUGGAGUACGUUCCUUUACCCGAUCCCGAGUCUGAGUUUAAAAGCGUCCGCGUGUCCACUGAUAAGAACCGCAGCAUCGUCCCUCUGACCAAAGGAGGGAGGAGAAAGGAGAGCGAGGAGUCUUGUCUGUUCGUCUUCUUCGCAGGAGAUUACACCACGGCCAACGCUCGCAAGCUCAUCGAUGAGGUGACCGCCAAGGGCUUCGUCCUCGUCCAGACCAAAGAGGUGUCCAUGCGUCCUGAAGACGUGAACAGAGUUUUCCAGAACAGUGCAGAGGAGCUGACCGAGUGGACGGCUAAAGGUCCCGUGGUGGCUCUCGAGCUGAAUGGAGACGGCGUGGUUGAAGCCUGCAGGAUCAUCGCUAAUGAGGUGUUCGAUGGAACAAAGGUGUUUGUUUCUGAGAGUAAAAACUCAGCCUCGCAGGACGUCGAUAACUUCUUCAACUUUGCUGACAUGCAGAUGGGCCUGUGAACAAAAGGAUAUUCAUUUUGUUUUAAUUUUUUUGUAAUAGAGACGUUUUUCUAUGUUCAGUGUUUCUCCGACUAGACGUGAACUAGAGUUCAUAACCUGGUUGUGAAAAUGGUGAAGCAAGUUCAGAGUUCACUCGCACAUCUCUCUCAUGUUUUAAAGUCGGUUUAAACCUGUGGUUCUCGGUUGUGGAGUCGGGGAGAAAGCCCUAGAGGUCAGGAGGUUCCUCUAGUUCCUCUCAAAGUUCUCCAAAUCACAAGCCGCCGUUAUUAGAGUUCUUUUGGAGUGUUCGUAGUUAUAAACGCUAACUUUAAUAACACGGGAUACUCAGUCAGAUUUAGGAGUCUGAAUCAAAUUGUUUUGACUUGUUUAUUUUUAGAUCACAUGAGAUUAAAGUGUCCUCAAAACUCUCAGCGAUGGUGGGAAAAGAAAGUUCAGGGAGAAAUCACCUGAGCCAGAGCUAAAGAAAUAACUCUUUAAUUCUUUAAAUAACUUGUUUGCCGCACCUACGGAGUUUAUUUCCAUUUUUUUUAUGUUUAGCUCAGGAAGCCUGUUUGAUUCACUUAAGACAGGUGAGUCGAUUCGCUUACUGCUGAGUCGAUUCACUUACCGAUUCAAAUCGCUUUCUCACUAGAUUUCACGUGGAAGUGGACCAAGACCACGUGACUCAGACCAAGUUCGGAUCGGAGUCUGAACUCCGUGAUCUGACCUAAAUAAAGAUUCGCACCGAUUCUGUUAUUGUUUAUAAAAAUGUUUUCUGGGAAAAGGAAGCACACAACGUAGUUCCAGGAAACAGUUAAAUAUUUUAAAUAAUUAGUCUAAAUAUCUCCAUAUUCGAUUUUAAUAUAUGUAUAUUUUUUUAAACAUCCAACUGACUCCCCGGCUACAAACCCUUCGACAACCCUUUGGUUUAAACAACUAUUUUCUGUUUUAUUUUUGUUUUAUUUUACCGUACUGCUGCUAAAUUGUACGUUUUUGCAGGUUCGAUAAUUUAACGCUGUUUUUUUUCCCCCCCAAAUUCUAUUUUCUUUCUCUCGCAUUUUUGAAAGAUUGUUCUCAUGAAAACCUUUGAGCGUCGCUGCUCCGUUGCACGGUUCGUCAUGCUGAAAAUAAUAUAAAGUUUAAGCCAGACGUGUUUAUUUAUCCGUGAGUGCUGUCUGUAUAUACGCUCGGUUUGGAAAUCAGAAACCAUCCGACUUUUCACCACAGAAUCAAAACGUUCUGCUUUCCUCUGCUGUCGAUGCUGAAUAUCUCUCUUAUUAGACUCUUUGUGUUUUGGUUUGGUUUUAAAAGAGGACAAAUCAGUUGAGUUAUUUAAAGAAAUGAAAGAUUAUCUGAAGCCGAUGUGUUGCCAAUCAAAUGUACGAUCCUGAAUGUACCGCUCUAUGAUGCUGUUUCUUUAUGUGUCACCUGUUUUUAUACAGAAAAAAAGAGAAAUGUUACUCCUGUGACCAAACAAGUUUGUUUUGUACAGAUGAGGAAAAAACACACUGUAAUAUUUUAGCGUACUUUUGUAUGUUUUGUUUGUUCUCGUUUGUACGAGGUAGUUUUGUAGAAAUGAUUGUACACUGAUUUAUUAAUAUAUAUUUCUUCUGUAAA